AUCAUUGAGUGGUACAUGAGUCACCAUUAAUAACAGCCGCAAAGUACAUAGCGUUCUCGCGCCUGAUGCUAGAAAGAUCAUCAUCAUCCCAAUCAGUUUGUCGUGGCAGUGUAUCGGUAUCGCUACUUGCGUUUUCCUUCCUACGUUGGACUCUUUCCCGGAGAAACCGAAAGAAUGCUCGGCGCGUCCAGAAGUUCGUCUUCGUCCUUCCUGAUCAAGAAGCCAGGCAGCGACGAAGUGAUUACUGCCGAGCUGUAUCAAAAGUAAAAAUAUCUGGGUCUGGAAGAAUGCAAGAUUUGUCAUGCAUAUUUCUCAUGACCCAUGAUGCCUGUGGCUGUGCUGCAUGCCCUAGCAUCACAAUUUUUUUGAGGGAUUCUUGAUGCCCAUUCCGCAUGACAAAUGCCCUCUUCGCGUAGCAAAAAUUAGACCCUGUUUGCUGCUCAUGCAACACAAUUUUUUUAGUCAUCGAAACGCAGCAUCACAAGUUGCAUUCUUCCAGACCCAGACAUUUUUGCAUUUGAUGAGCUGAAAGACAAGUUGAUACUAUGACAGAAACACCCCCCCCAGCGAACCGACGUCGACUCUCGUGCCCGCCGGGGGACAACCAGGAUUGUCCUAGUAAAGAGAUGCGUGGCGUGUUUCGGAGAUGAGAAAACAGGCUCAAUAAAGGGAUACGCAGGGAGGUAUAUGCAUGCGUGCAGCAACACUGUAUUUUUGCCUGGUUCCAUCAUUAAGGUAUAGGUAACAUUUUAGGUCUGCGCAGCACCUCAGAAGCUUUGUUUUCGCCGAUUUGUAGCUACUAAGAUAGAAGGACGGAACUAUUAGCGCAGAUAUGCAGUCGCCUAAUGCGAUGUUGAGAUAGAUUCGCGCACGUAUGCUGCAGAAGCACCAAGACAUCAGCGGCGAGAGUGCGGUUUAAUAAUCGAGGGUUUGAGUUGCAUAGCGAAAUGACAAGCUAGCUCUGGAGAUGGAGGACGAUGACUACGAUGACGGCCUUGAUUUUCUGCUGAAAUCAAAGAAAAAAUCGAUCAAGGAGAUAUGGCUUGCUCAUAUGUUGCAAUCUCAAGCGUUGCAAUAGAGUCUGGAAUUUGUCCUGCAUCGGCAGUAUGAGUACCAUACCGAGACUUGGGCUUUUCGCAGUGCAAAUUUAGCCAGAAUCGCAUGGGAUUUGGAGCUCGUUGCAGAUCGUGCAACGCGACAGCUUCCAGACUCUAUUGUAACGUUUUACGUUGUAACCUCUGAGCGGGUUAUAGGCGAAAUUCAUGAAGGAGAAGGAACAGAAGAAUGAGAAGACGAAGAAAGACAAAAAGGGGAAGCAUGGUACAUUAUUGGAUGCCUGCCGCGUGCGAGUAGUUGGUUUCACUAAUAGUAAUAUCAGUUUUGAAGAUCAGUACUAAACAGGAGAGACCAUUAUACGGCAGAGCUCCGUGAUGGAGCUUUGUGUUUAAAAAUGUUGAGGUGACUGAUCAGGGCGACGCCACAGUUCUUGUAUAGAUGUUGAGUUGACUCACGAAAUGAGUGAACACGCCUACGCCACCAUCAAUCCUUAAAAAGCAAAAACGCGGGCUGACCGAGCGGGGCUGAUAUUUCCGGUGGGACGGAUACACACCCUGCUGAAGAACAAGGUUCCGGCUCAAGCACGGGUCGGAGGAACUGCGGCAGUGUUUUAUCAAUGUGAGUAAAUAUCCCUCCGCCAUACUGCGACCUGAUCUGUGUGGCACGAUAUCCGCACAUCUCAGCUAAAGCUUAAGCCUCUUGACGGAGGCAUCAAUGCCUAGCUGCUUGACAUAAGAACAGGAGCGUUUUCAUCUGUUGAUUGAACAAUCUUAGAGACCAGCCAUAUUCAUAUAGCGCCCUCGCUACCAUUUUUUUUGUGUGCGCAAAUCACAUCAAUCAGCAACACAAAUUUAUUGCUCUUUGAGUAUGGGGCGAGGGGACUUUUCCUCACAAUAUGUUUCAGGCCGCUGUCAUGGAAUAUAUGAUGGCGGAAUUGCUGGAGCUCUCUGGUAAGUUUUAUCGCGGCCGGACUUGUCGUUGUCGCUUACUUAUACUUGGUUUUGAUCGCAAAGUCUUCGCCGCCACCACAACGAUAGUACUGAAGUAGAAGGCCUCAAAUUUUCAGAAUCCUCUUCAUAAUGUGAAAUAACAAGAAGGCACAAAAGUCGACCAUGCCAAAAUGUUGAACUCGAUACACAUACAUCUCCCUUAUAUGUCACACCAGGCAACCAUGCGAAACAAGCCAAGAAGAAGGACCGAGCACGCAUUACGCCACAAUUUCUGACUAAGGCCAUCAAAACCGACAAGGAGUUUGACGAGUACUAGGAUCUCUUACAACUAAUUUUAUUUUGCGAAUUCUCCUCGUCCUCCUUGCAUGAUGUUGAAGGAAACACCAACUUCAUAGUGAAUCCAGGAGCCGAAUCUUCACUAUGUAUGAAAGACUAAAUCAGAUUGCUGUCUCGCGCUAUGCUUUCCGGAGGAGGCGUGAUCCCGAAAUCUGACAAAGAUCUGAAGGACAUCUACGGCGGGAAGAAGGGUGCUGCGGGUGCCAAAUCAGGAAUGAAAAUGCCAGCGUCUGAGGAAAACAGUAAGGCGAUGGGGGGCACCUUCCUGCCAGGGGCGCCCGCGGAACUCCCCGGUGGCGCAGUCGCGGGGGUAGACAUGCUCGGCAGCGUGACCACAAUUGGAGGCGUAGCUUCUGUGGGGCAGAUGGGACCGGUUUCUUGA